AUGUGCAUCCUCUUCAACAUAGCUGCAAUGCAGAGUGCAGUGGCAGCUCAGCAGCCCCUCGACACAGAGGAAUCACUGAAGUUGGCUGCUAAACUAUUGCAACAAUCUGCCGGCGUAUUCUCUUUCUUGAAGGGGAAUAUCAUGUUGGCCGUGCAUCAGGAGACCACGCCAGAUCUCAACCCUGAAACUCUGAACGCUCUCUCACAGUUGAUGCUGGCUCAGGCUCAAGAAGUUAUCGCUUUCAAGUGCAUCAGAGAUGAAAUGAAAGAUAGCAUGGUGGCCAAGGUGUGUUCUCAGUGUGAAGAGCUGUAUACGGAUUCUUUGAGGUCCAUGCAGAAGGAUUCACUGAAGCACCUGUGGGAGCGUGAAUGGAUAUCCACUGUCACCACAAAGCAAGCAACAUUCCGAGGGUUGACUCAUUACUACCAAGCUAAGGUGUGUCAUGAGAACAAAGCUGUAGGCGAAGAGAUUGCACGUCUCCAGCUCGCAACAGAGCUGCUCAAAGGUGCGAGUACGGGACGCGCGGCCGAAGCAGCGCGAGCGGCAGCGAGGCAAUUGGCCGCGGCGACGCGAGACAAUGAUUUUAUCUAUCACGAACGCAUUCCAGAAGCGGCCAAUCUAGAACCCGUUCAACGCGCGCCGGUGGCUAAGCCGCUGCCGCCGCCUUCGCCGCCGACCCGCUGGUCUCAAGGUAAGGACUUGUUCGGGUCCCUGGUGCCAGCCGUCGUACAGAGCGCACUCCAAGCCAGCGACUCGAGGCGCGCCGAGUUGGUCGGCACCGAGGUUAACAAGUUGCGGGAGGCCACGCAGCUUCUGAACACAAUCCUCGCCUCGCUCAACCUGCCCGCUUGCAUCGAGGCUACGACCGGGGGCGCUCUGCCCGACUCCAUCCGCGAAAAGGCGCGGGCCGUACGCGAACAGGGAGGAGUGCGUGCGCUGCGGUCGUUGAUGGCCGAGUUGCCCGAGCUACUGCAGCGUAACCGGGACAUCCUCGGCGAAGCCGACCGGAUGCUGCGCGAAGAGGCCGAAGCCGACGCCACGCUGCGAGAGCAAUUCGGCGCGAGAUGGACACGCACCGCUUCGGAACGUCUGACCGAGGCCUUCCGCGCGAACCGCGACAAGUACGCGCAAAUCAUCGACAACGCCGUGCGCGCCGAUGCUAUAGUGCAGCAGAAGUUUCGGCAGCACGAGGAGAGUAUAGAGCUGCUGAGCCGCAGCGAGGGCGAGAUCGAUGCGGACGUGCCGGACGCCCCCGCCGCCGCGCAGCCCUCCGACCGCGAGGCCACCGCGACUCUGCGUACGCUCAUGGGCCAGGUCGAGACUUUAAAAGCGGAGCGCGACGAAAUCGAGACCUCGCUGAAGGAUACGACUGUAGACAUGCGUGAACGUUUCUUGGCGGCCCUAUCGGCCGACGGGGCUUUCGACGAGCCUGCUCUUUCGGCCGCCGCGCUUGGUUCGGCGCUUAGCCCUCUGCAGCGGCGCACCGCCGACACUCUCGCUGCGCAGGAGAGACUCGUCGCCCAGCUGCAGGAGGCGCAUUCCAAGCUGAUGGAGAGUCACGGCGGCGCCAGCGGACGAGACCAGGCUCUGGGCAAGCUGUGCGCCGCUUUCGACGCCUAUCAGGACCUGACGGCCAACCUGCGUGAGGGUGUCAAAUUCUACAACGAUCUGACGCAGUUGCUGGUGGCAUUCCAGAACAAAGUGUCCGAUUUCUGCUUCGCGCGCAAGACGGAAAAAGAGGAACUUCUUAAAGAUCUGACACAAGAGGCGUCGCGGCCCGCCGCGGCCCAAGCGCCCGCGCACACGCCCCAGCAUCAUCGCGACGUGGAGGUUAGAACGGAGCCGCAGGUAGUGAAGAAAGAGGCGCCACCGAGGCCGGCGCCCCCGGCUCCUGCGGGGGCUCUACCCUACCCCUCGCAACCGCAGGGUAUGCCCCUUCCGUACGGGGCCGCCCCUGCGCCGUACCCGGUCUACGCGCCGAUGCCGGCGCUCUACAAUCCGUAUGCGACAUUACCGUACCCCCACCAUGUGCGUGCGCAGCCACCGCCGCAGCCCUAUCAAGCCUACCAGUACCCGCCUCCGCCUGCAGGCUACUCGCAGCCACCGCCUCCCGGCUACAACCCUUAUCAGCAAUAG